UCUCGUGUUCCCACGCAGUUUGACUAAGGUACUUGACUAAAGGCGGUCACGCGCAUAGGUAUGGAAUCAUCGAUGCAAGCCUCAUCGGAGCCAAAGGGCAGGAACGCCCCUGCCCGCGCCGAUUCGGUUCGGUCUUUGUCGUGUUACAGCGUCGACGAGAACGUCCUGGAGGUGCUAUGGGACGAGGAAGUCGACAUGGAGGAGCUCCUCGAGUUCUCUUUCGACCAGAUCGACAAGCUCGCAGAACGCAGGGGAAAGACGAUCGCCACCACCGAGAAGUUGCGUCUUUGGGAGUAUGUGCAGCAAAUGAGGCGCGAGCAGCCUUACUGGGUAACCAAGGAGUCUGUGCCCUGGGACGAAGUUCAGGCCAAGUAUUCACUUCCCAGUCGGUCUCUGUCGUCCGGCUCCUUCCAUUCUCACCUGGAGCUCUCGGGGACUGGACUUGCCACGCCUCCACCUAUGCUCUACUCCCUGAGCAAACCCCUGCCGCCAACUUCUCGUACUGCAGCCGCCAAUGAGAACUCGUCGCAGCCCUCGAACCAGCAGAAAUGCGAUCCGAACGAACGCUUCACCCUGUCCGAGCAGUGGGACGCUGGUUCACCGCACCGGGGUCAUGCUUCGGCAACAGGCUUCAAGAAAAAGCAAGGCUGGCAACGACUCCUGGGGAAGGUUUUUCAUCAGAAACACAAAGAUCCUUCGAAAGACGACGACAGUGGCGAAUUCGCCUCCUUCUUUGCGGGUGUCGCCAACUCCUCUAGCCCUUGUUCGGUGAGCCAUGAAGAGGCAUUGCCGUCUCCACUCAAGGGACCCGAGAAGAAACGCCCGACAGGAUUCCUCCGGCGGUCUCUGCGCAGGGUAGCGACGGCUACACGGAAACGUGAUUCGCGUGACGUUAAGACCGAUAUUUAGAGCAUGCUGUAAACAUUUUAUUUCAGUUUAUUUUAGUUCUGACGAUUUUAUCGCUUCCUCUGUGCGAAUAAAUGAUUAAUUCCCGGCUA